GAGAGUGUGAAUGAAAGUCAGAGAGUGUGAGUGAGUGAGUGUGUGUGAGAGAGAGAGUCAGAGAGAGAGGAAGGAGAGCUCAGGGUCAUGCCCGGGACACAGGGGAGUUCUGAGGCUGACAGCAAAGUCCUUGCAGCCAGUUUGCUGAGUGGGAGCAAAGCGCCGGAGAAAAGCAGCCGCUGCCGGGGUUUCGGCAUCACCGAGCUGCUGGGACUGGACAGCAGCAGCAGUGAGGGCGGCCGCUCGGGAGGCCCAUCAGCCCAUCCUGCUGCUGCCCCCCAGCCGCCGAGGGAACCGCCGCCGAUGCUCACCGCCGGCCUUGGGUUGCUGUGCAGCGCCUUCCGGCCGCCCGGAUCCUCUCUCCUGGACACUCUGUCAGCUCUGCCCGGCCGAAUGCCGCUACUGCGGAGGGUCAGCCUGCUGGACAGUCUCCAGCCGCUUCACAACUCCGAUGAUGAGAACACAUCGUGUGAUCACAGCAACUUGAAGAACUCCGCAGCAUCGCAGGUGAAAAGGAAGAAGAGGCGGCACAGGACUGUGUUCACAACUCACCAGUUGGAGGAACUAGAGAAAUCUUUUAAUGAGGCUCAUUACCCAGAUGUAUAUGCAAGAGAAAUGUUAGCGAUGAAGACAGAGCUCGCUGAAGACCGAAUACAGGUGUGGUUUCAAAAUCGAAGAGCGAAAUGGAGGAAGCGGGAGAAAUGCUGGGGCAGGAGCAGUGUGAUGGCCGAGUAUGGACUGUACGGUGCCAUGGUCCGGCACUCCAUUCCCCUGCCCGAAUCCAUACUCAACUCUGGCAAAAAUGGUUUGGUAGGAUCUUGUGCCCCCUGGCUGCUUGGAAUGCACAAAAAAUCCGUUGACUCAACAUUGAAAACUAAAAGUGAAGCAACUGUCGGAGAUGAUUAUGUGGAGAGCAGAACACAGGCAUUGCCGAUUGAGGGUGGCGCAGACCGGAUGCCUGCAACCAACUGUGCCACUACAGCUGAAGAGGACGACAUGGCUUUAGACCUCUCCAGUGCGGAAAAACCACUGAACAAGGAAAAUGCUUCAAAGCAAUGCAUUUCAAGGCGGUCCUAUGUGGAGGUCAGACAGAGAGGACUGAAGAAAAAUUAAAAUACUCAGAAAGCUAUUGUGUGAACAAAUAAGAUUCAGGAUGGGGUACAGUCUUCCCACUGAUAAGCUGCACUCAUCCGAUUUUAAAACAGGUUCCUACAGCAAUGAAAAUACAUGAGUGGCCACAACAAAAGAGGAAGAUGACCAAUUACCUCUGCUAUUGAGCUGCUAUUAGUUUGUGGGUUGUUAAUACAAUGACCGACAAAUAGCAUCAUGGUUUGCUCCUAAUAAAUGUAUGAAGUAAAGCAGGGUAUUCCAAUGGAGAUGUACACAGGAUUGAAAAUAUCAUGGAUUAACCUCCUCUUACUGACCAAUAACUCUAAUCCCUGUGAAUGGAAAGGGGUGAUCCCAGUCCAUAUGGAAAUAUAUGACUUUCAAUGUGGUAUGAUUGUGAGUGGUAACUGGCAGCUACAAUAACACAGUAAACCCAAAUGAAAAAUUACAUACAUUGGAAGAGUAGUAGCCUAGGCACCACAAACAGGACACACACAAGUGCAUGAGUGAAUUGUCCAUUGCAGUGGUAGGAGGUGCAGCCAGUCACCUAUGUAAAAAAGGUCAACCUUUGGUGGAUUGAAGCAACAAUGAAGUAAAAGUAGACUUAAGUCAUUCCGCAGGAAGACAGCAUCAUUUCAAGUUUAUCUUGGGUAUCUCCAUGCUAUUGAGUGAGGAGUUAUGAUGGCAGAAUACUGAAAUUAUGUUGUCUCUCAAUUGACUUGGUUGGAGAAUGGCUUCUGGAGAAAGGAUAGGAGAAAGAGAAAAGAUUGCAAAACAAAAGGCAUUGGAAAAAGAAUUCCUUUAAUUGUGUAACAUCGAGGGUAAGAAGUAAAGUGAAUUUUCAACUCAAAUGUACCUUGAAUAGAGAGCUGUGCAUAGUCCGUGGCAUAUUACCAGGAAGGCAACAAGUAUGCAGUAGACUGGUAUGUGUUACACUAAAUGAAAUGCACAGGCUGUGAUAUGUUUAGCAGAGGGUACCAUAUGGGCUGGUGUGGACACAGAGUUGAGAAUUGUAUAGAAAGGGUAGAAUGUACGUUGGGGUGUGUCUUACAAAAGUUAAUGCACAGUCUGUAGUGCGUCAUGCAAAGGAAUUGGAUGGUUGGGGUGAGUUGGGAUCAUUGUAGAAGGCAAUGUGCAGGUACUGGAGUGUGUUAGACCAUCAGUAAUGCAUUUAAAGAUGUUUUAGAUUAUUAAAUGAUUUGAAAGAGGAUUUGGAGAGAAAGAAUUUCGUCAGUAGAAGAGUUCAGAACAUUUGACCUUAAAAUUAGUGUUAGGCCAUUUUAAUGUGAGCAAGCACUUCCAACAAUGGGUAAUGGAAAUCUGGAGCUCUCUCCCUGAAAAAGCUGUUGGGACUUAGCUAAUUACAAAAUUCAAAACUGAGAGAAAUAGAUUUUUAUUGGACAAACAUAUUGAGAGUUCCAGACAAAAGGUAUAUAGAUGGUGUUUAAAGAUACAGAUCAGCCACAAUUUAACUGAAUGAUGGACAAAUGGUCUAUUUUUGUUCCUAUGUAAUACAUGGAUUCUUUAAAAUGUUAUUUCAAGGAUAGUACAUGGGAGAUGUACUACAGUAUGCAGCAAUUGGGUUGCGUUCUGCAGUGGGAGAUACAAGAGUGCUGGGGUAUAAUACAAUUUCUGGGUUUUGACACCUCACAAAGAAUAAACAAAAUUUUGAAUAAACCAGGAUUGUUUUACAACCUUGUAGCAUACUUCCAACCAGUCAGUAAUUUAAAUAAGCCAAAUAAGAUUCAAUUUACUUAAAUUGUAGAGAAUACACAAAGAAUGCACAACUCAAACCCAUAUCCAAUCCUAAAAUCUUUUGCAGUUAUUCCUGUUUCAAACAUCAACACAAUUAGUCCAAUUUGCGAAUUCACCUGUGAGCAAGCAGCAAAAAAAGGUUGAAAAUUACAUAUUACUGUCUCUUUAAAGGUUUCUCAAUACAAUUAUAAAUGAUUUUUAGGUUUG